AGCUGAACGCCUCGUACCCGAGCAGCAGAAGCAGCAGAAGCAGCAGCAGCAGCAACGCAGUGUGAUACCGUCACAACACUCACUUUAAAGUCCCGUUUUCACGAGAAGCACCGACACCGUGCGACGCUUUUCUCCCCUCAAUCCCUGGACGUGUUUUCAGCUCAUUUGGAGGACUUUAACCGUAAAAACCUCGGGAUACAUUUAAAUCUUUGUUCUUGUUUUUUUUUUCUUACCGAGCGAGAAAAGGGAUCCGUGUCCGGAUGUGGCAGCAGCAGUGUCGGGUUUUUUCGCAUGGCGUAGGCACCUUUUUCUGAAGCGAGAUAUUCUCGGUGUGUCGGGGAAAAGGCCCCUCGGGUCUACAUCUUAUUUACAGCGUUGUGCUUCCAUAUUGACGAUUUGUGAAGGAAAAACAUGAGCGACAUGAUUGUGCAAUAGAAAGGAAGAAGCAGACGAAGAAGAAGAAGCAGCGCUACCUCUGUGUUGACUGUGGACACAGAGAAAAAUACACCAGGGAUAAUUUUUGUUUUUGUUUCCUCCUUUAACAACAACAGCGCCGCAUUUUCCAACGUUGUGUGAACUGCUGUGAAGGAGAGGAGGUAAAGAGGGAAUAUCCGUGUCCCUUUUCCCUGUGUGUGGUGUAUGUGUGCGGUCAAAUCCCUCCGUGGACCGGGUAAACCUUCGCGAUGACGGGCAGCACUCCAGCGGACAUGAUUAACUUGCGGCUCAUUUUAGUCAGCGGGAAGACAAAAGAAUUCCUCUUCGCUCCGAGUGACUCAGCUGCAGACAUUGCCAAACACGUCUAUGACAACUGGCCUAUGGACUGGGAGGAAGAACAGGUCAGCAGUCCUAACAUCCUGAGGCUGAUCUACCAGGGACGUUUUCUACACGGCAACGUAACACUAGGAGCCCUCAAACUGCCCUUGGGGAAGACCACAGUGAUGCAUUUAGUUGCCAGAGAGACUCUGCCUGAGCCAAAUUCCCAAGGUCAGAGGAACAGAGAGAAGACCGGGGAGAGUAACUGCUGUGUCAUUCUGUAAAUACACCCGCCCACCCCACCCCCCCCUUUGCUGCCGGCCCUCAAAACCCAUCGUUCGGUUCUUGCCCUCAACUCUCUGGACCCAGUGAGCUUGUGCCCUCUCAUGGAGCCCGUCCACGAAACAGAUUUGCAUACGGAUAAACACACACACAGACACACUCUCUCUCUCUCUCUCUCUCUCUUACUUUCUUUCUCCCUCUCACAUACACACACAGGUAGAGUCCAUAGGAAGACAGUAGGCUCAGUCAAACUGAACCAGGACACAGAGUUGGGAGGAGGAAAUUGAUUAACGAUAAGUUAGCUGAUCCACUUUGUUGUACUCAAUUCGUUGUCGUCACUGAGAAUUAGAGGAGGGAACUGGAUUUGCAUGUUGUUGUUUUUUCUUUUGUCUAAUGCACACCUUUUAAAGCCUUCUGCUGUACACACACACACACACACACACACACACACACGCACACACACGCACACACUGUCUGUUACUAACUGGCUCUUUGUUGUAGCUGGUCGGAAGAGUAAUGCAGUGCCAGAGUUUGUGUGUGUGGCCUUGUUUUUUUUAUUCAUACAAACCGCUGAGAAUUUUAACCACUAACACACACACACACACACACACACACACACACACACCAUUUAAACAUCCAUUUAUACGUGCUUGUGUGAUAUCCUUCAGUGCAGCAGAUGCAGCUUAGACGUGCCUGAUCAGAGAGAACUCAAACCAGGACACGCAUGCACACGCACACACACGCACACACACACACACACACACACCCACACACACACACACACACACACACACACACCUACACCUACACCUGUGUCCUUUAUACUGCCCUCCUCUGCAUGUGUCCGUAUAGGUCACAGGAGAGAAAUGAUUCCUUCUUGGCUGCUGAGCGCCGCAGAGACCGUACACACAUCACGCAUCGCUCAGUUGUCACGUUUUAGCCAAACAAAGCCUACGCAAAAACAAGCAAACAGACAAACAGACAGGCAACCGGGUGUCGGCGGUCUUGUUUUUUCGCUUCGUUUGCUUGUCCAUGACAUUUUUGACUGCAUUUUCUACAGUCCGUGCAUAUUUUAACUGACCGACCAGUGUUGUGAUUAAUAAAGCGUCUCAUGUCAGUGACCCCCACCCACCCCCCCUUCUCCUCCUGAACGAAAGGCUCGUCCUGUGCUCCUGUUUUUAACAGUGUUGUGAAGGAUCUUUGUCGACGACUGCGGUCAUCGCAGGGGGAAAAAAAUGAAAUCCCUGCUCCUUAUUUGUCUUAAUCUGUGUCUCACUCUUCUCCUUAAUCCUCUCUCACUGCAUUAACAAGUCGACUUUUUGCACAACUGAAGCAUGUGCUCCUUUCAUCAGAUUACUAAGAAAAAAAGUGUAUAAAUGGUUUUAUUUUAUAUUUUUCCAAUGGAAGUAAUGUUCCAAACUAAGGUAACGUGUAGAAUAUAUUUAAUAUGAAUCUUAUAUAGAACAUGAUGAUUCUAGAUCUUGUUGAUAUACAGUAUAUUGGUGUUUUAGUCUAUGAUUGUGUAUACGGUUAGCCUCAAGCCAGUUCACAGUCACUCGCUGACAAUGUCUUGUGCUUAACAGCAGCAAAACCUACCCUGAUAAUCAACAAUCAACUGUAUUUUUAUUUCUUUUCUGUGCUCUUUUAUUCGUUUUUUUUUUAUUAUUAUUUGUUUAUAAUUUAAUGUAAUCCUUUUUUUUCCCCCCCUUCGUCUUUUUUUGCUUUAAAAGAAUCGCUUUGUAACAGCACUAGGUCUUAAAAAAAAAAAGAUAUUGUUUAUAUUGAUCAGGGUUCAAAUCUGUACAGAGAUAAAUGUUUUCAAACCAAUUGUAAAUAGCACUAAUGCUCCCUGUCCCUCCUCCUCCAAACUUCAAAAUGGAAUACAUCUGUAAUCUAAAUAAAGGAUAUUGAAGUGCA